AUGAAGUCCUUCGCUCUCGCAUCGGCCCUUGCGGCCGCCUCGAUCGUCUCUGCCGGCCCCACGCCCACGGAGAACGAGAUGCCCAAGCGCGCUGACACUAUCCCGACUGUCACUGCCUCUGGAAACGCUUUCUGGGCCGGCAAGGAGCGCUUCUACAUCCGCGGUAUGGACUACCAGCCCGGCGGUGCCUCCAACCCUGUCGACCCCCUCGCCGACACCACCGUCUGCAACCGCGACAUUGCCGAGUUCAAGAAGCUUGGCAUCAACACCAUCCGUGUCUACAUCACCGACAACUCGGCCGACCACAAGGCCUGCAUGGACGCCCUCGCCGCAGCCAACAUCUACGUCAUCCUCGACGCCAACAACCCGCUCUACUCGAUCAACCGCUACAACCCCAAGCCCUCGUACAACGACAAGUACCUCCAGAGCGUCUUUGCCACCAUCGACGAGUUCUCCAAGUACCCCAACACCCUCGCCUUCUUCUCCGGAAACGAGGUCAUCAACGAGCAGCCCAACUCGACCAUCUCGGCCAAGUACGUCAAGGCCACCACCCGCGACAUGCGCCAGUACAUCAAGGUCCGCGGCAUCCGGCCCAUUCCCGUCGGCUACUCGGCUGCCGAUGUCUCGCAGAACCGCCUGCAGCUCGCCCAGUACAUGAACUGCGGUACCGAUGACGAGCGCUCCGACUUCUUUGCCUUUAACGACUACUCCUGGUGCAACACCAACUUCAAGACCUCCGGCUGGGACCAGAAGGUCAAGACCUUCAGCGACUACGGUCUGCCCAUCUUCCUGUCCGAGUAUGGCUGCAUCACCAACGGCCGUGACUUUAACGAGGUCCAGGCCCUCAUGAGCUCCGAGAUGACCAGUGUCUACUCUGGCGGUCUGAUGUUCGAGUACAGCAUGGGUGACAACAACUUCGGUAUCGUCGAGAUCAACGACGGCAAGGUCAAGGAGCUGCCCGAGUUCGCCAACUUCGCCAAGGCCAACAGCAAGUACCCCGCCCCGACCGGUGCCGGCGGCGCCGCCUCGACCACCCACUCCGUCGCCUGCCCCACCAAGGACGCCAACUGGGACGUCGACACCACUCUGCUGCCCGCCAUGCCCGCUGGCGCCCAGAAGUUCUUCAAGGACGGCGCCGGCAAGGGCCCCGGCCUGAAGGGCUCCGGCUCCCAGGACGGCGGCGACAGCCAGUCCACCGGCGAUGCCCAGCCCGGCUCCGGCUCCGCCACCCCGUCCGGCUCCAGCGGCGGCAAGAAGAACGCCGGCGGUGCCCUCAUGGGCCCCCUGGACAAGCGCCCCUUCUACGUCGCCGGCUUCGCCGCGCUCAUGACUCUUGCUGGUACCCUUCUCCUGUAA